GACGGCCGUUUCAAAAAGAACAACGGGAUGGAGUUCGGCCUGGCGACGGCGACGAAGACCUAUCCAGCGUCGCGCCCCGUUCAGUUGCAGGUGCAAGCUAGACUCGUGCUGUUGCUGGUUGCCGUCUUUGGAAUACGGACCCUCAGAAGCGAAACGUUCACACUCGGGUACCUCACAGGAUCGCAAAGACCGCCAGGUGACCGGGAAUAUUCGCGUCCAGGCUUGACGAUCUCGGGGGCCAUAUCUUUGGCGGUGGAACAAGUGAACGGGGGUCGUUUAGCCCAACUGGGUCACCAGCUGAACUUUGUGGUCGCCGAAACGUACGGCGUGGAAGUCAUAAGCGUUCAGAAGACCGCCGAACUGUGGACCAGAAACGUUUCGGCCUACAUCGGACCACAGGAGACCUGCGAGCACGAAGCCUUCAUGGCGGCCGCUUUUAACGUGCCCAUGAUUUCGUACUACUGUGCGCACUACGCGAUGUCGGACAAGUCGAAGUUUCCCACUUUCGCGCGGACGAGGCCUCCCGACACUCAAAUUUCCAAAUCCGUGGCGUCUGUGUUGACGGAAUUCAACUGGACUCACAUUACAGUCCUGUACCUCAAAUCGGAAGAGUAUGAGUUCGGCAACGUCGCGAAAGCCAUGAUGAAAUUGCUGCCUCAAUCGGGAGUGACCAUCGCAUCGAUACGGCACUGGGACAGCCCGUACCAUCACGGGUACAUGGACAACCCUUUCCGGAAGCUUGUCGAGGAAACCCACAAGUUUACCAGAAUCUACGUCAUCGUCGGUCACUACUACGAGCAUCUGGGCCUCUUAACUGCAAUGGACGAAAAAGGCCUUCUGGAUGGAGGCGAAUACGCAGUUUUGGGCGUCGACAUCGAGCAGUACGACCCCGAGAACCCCUCCAAGUACCUGAGGGGCCUUUUGCAAGACUCCGCCACCCCGCGAGACCCGCGAAUCGUUCGAGCUUACCAAAACUAUAUCGGCGUAGUGCCGUCGAGUCCCCUGGGUUUCGAUAACUUCACGCUUCUGGUCAACGCGUACAUGGAAAGGCCGCCGUUUAAUUUUCCGAACCCGCUGUCCUAUUUCGGAAAGGGAAAAUUGAUACGGGCGGAGGCCGCCUAUCUAUACGACGCCGUUAUCGUCUACGCCGAAGCGCUGAUUAAAGUCAUGGAUUCCGGUUCCGAUCCUAGGAACGGUACGGCGAUAAUCGAGUCGUUGAAAAAUAUGCACUACCGAAGCGCGAUGGGUUACAUGGUGUACAUAGACGAAAAUGGGGACGCCGAGGGCAAUUACACCCUGCUAGCGCGGCAGCCGUUAAAAGGGGGAAAUCAAGAUGAUCGGUACGGAUUAUACCCUUCCGGUCUCUUCGCAUUGCCCCGCGGCGCCUCCAGAUUGCCGAUCCUCCAAAUGACCGAAUCUAUCGACUGGAUUGGUGGGAAACCGCCUAUCGCAAUCCCGGCCUGUGGCUUUGACGAAGAAAAAUGCAUAACUUACACGCUGGUGAUAACGUCGGGGGUUGCGGGGGGCGUAGUCGCGACGCUGUCGGUAAUCGCCCUGAUACUUUUCCGGAAUUGGAAAUACGAACAGGAGCUCGACAGUUUACUCUGGAAGGUGGAUUACAGGGACAUCCAAACGAGGGAGGAGUGUUGCAGGAACAGCGCCGGCAGCAGGAUUUUACACGGUAACCGGCACUCCGCGAAAACCAGCCACGUGUCGCUGAGCUCGAAUCCCGAUACUGAUUUCCGAUACUCUACGUUGUUCGCUCCCGUAGGCGUCUACAAGGGUAGAGUGGUCGCCAUCAAGAAGCUGAACAAAAGAUCGGUGGACGUGACGCGGGAAAUGAAAAAGGAAUUGAAAAUGAUGAGGGAUUUGCGUCACGACAACCUCAACCCCUUCGUGGGGGCGUGCACCGAGCCUCCCAACGUCUGCGUGAUCACCGAGUACUGCCCCAGGGGUAGUUUGAGGGACAUCCUCGAGAACGAUGACGUCAAACUGGACGCCAUGUUCGUCGCGUCGCUUGUCGGCGACAUCUUGAACGGUAUGAUCUACCUCCACGACUCGCCGCUGCACCAUCACGGAGCCCUGCAUACCUCCAAUUGCCUCGUGGACUCCCGCUGGGUGGUGAAGAUAUGCGACUUUGGCCUCACCGACUUCAAGAAAACGUCAGCAGACUGUCUCGAUGCGGACUCGUCGAACGCUGAACGCAAAUGUCACAAUCGGCUGUAUCGGGCGCCCGAGCUGCUGCGGCUGGACCGCGAGUGCGACUCCGCGCAUGGCACCCAAAAAGGAGACGUGUAUUCCUUCGGGAUCAUCCUUUACGAGGUGUACGAUCGUCGCGGACCCUUCGGGAAGGUUCCGCUGUCUCCACGUCAGAUUUUGGACCGCGUUGUUCACUGCGACGAUCCGUCGGCGUCGUUUAGGCCUUGCCUGCGUUCGCUCACCGACUGUCCGGACUUCGUGAAGAGCUGCAUGAGGGAGUGCUGGUCCGAAACGCCGUACGAUCGGCCCGACUUCAAGACAGUACGUUCCAAACUGAGACCGUUAAGGAAAGGAAUGAAACCGAACAUCUUCGAUAACAUGAUGGCGCUCAUGGAGAAGUACGCCAACAACUUGGAGGUGCUCGUCGACGAAAGGACCGAUCAGCUCCAGGAGGAGAAAAGAAAAACGGAGGCUCUACUGUACGAGAUGUUGCCCAAGACCGUCGCCGACCAGUUAAAGAGGGGCCAUAAGGUGGAGGCGGAAAGCUUCGACUGCGUCACCAUCUACUUCAGCGAUAUCGUGGGGUUUACUAGCAUGGCGGCCGAGUGCACGCCGCUCCAGGUGGUGAACUUUUUGAACGACCUGUACACUUGUUUCGACUCGAUCAUCGAGAACUACGACGUGUACAAAGUGGAGACGAUAGGGGACGCGUACAUGGUGGUAAGCGGAUUACCACUGAGAAACGAUAUCCAACACGCUUCGGAGAUAGCGACCAUGUCGCUACGUCUUCUGUCUACGGUGCGGAAUUUCACCAUCAAACACAGACCGGACGACAGGCUGAAAUUAAGGAUCGGGAUACACUCAGGUCCAGUAUGCGCGGGUGUGGUCGGAUUAAAGAUGCCCCGGUACUGCCUGUUCGGCGACACCGUGAACACUGCCAGCAGAAUGGAAUCCACCGGACUUCCGCUCAAAGUGCACUGCAGCAAACCGUGCCGCGACCUUCUCGUAGCCAUGGGUGGUUACUAUCUGGUGGAGAGAGGCCUGAUCAACCUCAAGGGCAAGGGCGACCAGCGGACUUACUGGUUACUGGACGAGGACCCCUGCGCGCGCAGACUGAGGACGUUCGCGAGGGAGAAACGUCGGGCAGAAUCUGGCGCGCGAUACUUCACGACUUAUCCGGACGUGGAUGGUUACCGCGCAGUGAUCAGGAGCUCGUUGAAGAACAAAACGAAUCCCGGCAUAUCCCGGUGCACGUCCUUCGAGAGUUCGAAGAAGCUCAGGUUCGCAGCCGGCCAUGGAAAGGUUCUGCGCAGCAAUCAGCUGCUGCUGAUGCCUUCUCUCGAUGCCCAACAUGUGCCGAUGACGAUGUCCUGUCCGUGCAUGGAAAACCUGUUCAACGCGGCAACGCCGACGGAACGUCGCCUCGACGGCGGGGCUGGGGGCAAGUCGGCCGUGUGCCGCAGCGUUCCCGCCCUGUGCUGCCAUCUGCUCGUCGUACCCCGUCAGUACCAUGCGAUUUCGGCUCCGAGCAGCCCGAACAAAUCCGAGCUGGCUCUGCCGACUUGUUUCGAGACGCCGCAAGAUGGCGCGGAACGCGCUCCCCUAUUGCAGGUUACCACGCCAGACCAUUACGAGUGA